GCGCUUUCCACUGGAGUCCUACUUGGAGCGAUUGCAGAAAGAGAAAGAGAAAGAAGUGCCGGACUCGCUGCCCAUCUUUCCUUUCAAACACGUGCUCAUGCCGAUUCCCGCGCCAGCCGUGGCGGAUGGUAAAGCAAGCCCCGUGGAGUAUGCCAAGCCGGCGGCCCUGACGUACGACGCGGCCCUCCUGAAACUCAACGGCUCUCGUCAGGGAGGGUCCAUGCUGCUCGCCUUCACCACCAGCUGGAUGCUGAUGGCUGAGCUGACGCCUCCGGAGGUUGGAAGUCCGGAACACGAGGUCUGGCUCCGACUGCCCCCGGUCCAUCCCUGCGCCUUGUUCGGCUUCGUGAUCUGUCCUCCAGUGGAAAUCGGCUUCCCCGAGACGGCCGGAGGAAGACUGAGUCAGAACAAGCUCGUCUCCAACCGUGCGGUGGAGGAGGGAAUCAUGGAGGAUGCACCUGACUUCGAGAAAGCGAAGAAGGAGGUUCGCGUCUCCUUCCAAAUCUAUUCGCGGCCGGCGGAGACGAUGGGGUAUUGGGUGAGAGGAUGA